AUGAAGGAAAUCAUAAAGAACAAGAAGGAGGGUUUCUUGCUGCAGAAUGAAGAGGCAUCUGUCAAAUACUGCCAGGCUAAACUUGAUCAGCUUUCAAAGGCCCUAAUGGAAAGUGUUUCAGCAGGAAUUUUCUCUGUUCCUGGAGGGCACAAACUCUACAGGAAAGCAAAGGAAAGGUUUGAAUGGGAUUAUUGCCAGGGACCCAGGAAAGGAGUGAAGGCAUAUGAGGUGCUCCAGAGCUUCUUGCAGUCUGAGGUGGCAACUGAGAAAUCCAUUCUGCAAGCAGGUGAAGCCCUGACCUAUAGGGAGAAGGCCAUAGCAGAGGAGCGAGCCAGGAAGGAGGCAGCUGAGAAGGAACAGGAAUUGCUAAGACAGAAACACUGGGAGCAGCAACAGCAGAUGGAGGCUCAAGAGAGAAACCUCAGGGAAGACAUAGUCCGACUGAGAGAGAAGCUGGAGAGGGAAAGAGAAGACCUUCUGAGAGAGCAGGAAAGGAUGCUGGAGCACAGGCUGAAGGUUCAAAACGAUCUGCUUACUGAAGGAUUUAGUAACGAAUCCGAGCAGAUGAAAGAUGAGAUGAAUCGUCUAAGAAAUAUAAUUGAGAAUAAUAAAAAGGAUAAGACUCUCUGGAUUGCACGGGCCUUGGACACACUUGCCACUGAAGCAACUGCAAUUCUGUCGGUUCCUGCUAAACUAAUUGGUCAGGGUCUGAAGGGCCUGAGCUCACUGUUUAAAUAG